CACAUCCCUCCAGUCCAGUCAUCCUUACUGCAGGGCGGAGCGUCGAGCGCGCUGCAUCCGUCUCAACUGCGUUCAAAUCCAGCCGUACACAGCACUUUUUCCGACUUUCUUCACUGAAUACACCAAACCUUGACAACCUUCCCUUCUGUAAGCAUGGUUAUCUGUGCAGACUGAGCGCCGACCGAGCGGGAAUAUAAAACCUUUGACCGCAUCGCUAAUUCACAGCAUCGGGUUUCUGCGCCAAGAAAUGAUCCGUUCAACUGACUGAACCGCCGGUAAAAGUGCACGAGGAUUCGCUGGUCAUGCUGCGCUUUACAGGAACUACAGAAGUCUGUAAAUAAAAAGAAAGAGAGAAUCGAAAGAGAGACGGAGGCAGAGAGGCCCCGUUAUCAUGUCUCGCCAUCAUAGCCGAGCCACCAGCCUGGAGGAGAAGGGUGCCACGCCCAUUCACAAGAGCUCCACCUCUUCACACAAGAGCUCCACCCCCACACACAAGAGCGCAUCCUCGUCCUCUUCCUCUCAGAGAGACAGUCGACAGGAGACGGACAGCUGGGAGAUCAUCGAGGGGCUGAAGAUCGGACAGAGUCACAUUCAGAGACCUGAGAAACAUGAAGGCUUCAUGCUGAAGAAGAGAAAAUGGCCUCUGAAGGGCUGGCACAAGCGGUUUUUUGUUCUGGAUAACGGGAUCCUGAAAUACUCCAAGUCUCCUGUGGAUAUUCAGAAAGCAAAGCUUCAUGGCAGUAUAGAUGUGGGACUGUCUGUCAUGUCCGUUAAGAAAAGAGCUCGCCGCAUCGAUCUGGACACAGAAGAGCACAUCUACCAUCUGAAGGUGAAAUCUCCAGACGUUUUUGACAUCUGGGUGUGCAAGCUCCGCCAUCAUCGCUUGUUCCGUCAGAACGAGAUCGUCCGCUCUCCUCGUGACGCUACGCUACGGACCUUCCCUCCGUCUGCCAGCGCCGAAUCUCCCCAGACCACCCCCUCCAGCGCACACCAAAGCAAGGUUAAACCCGGCAGUCUGUCGUGGCAGCUGCCUCCGUCCUGUAGUAAUGGACAGAGUAAAGUAGCCGCCUGGUUACAGGAGUCAGAGGAGAUGGACAAGUGCACAGAAGAACUCGCCUACUGUCAGUCUAGUCUUCUGGAAUUGAAUCAACUGCUGCAAAGUCUGGAGAUCCUUCAGAGGACACAGUCAGCUCCAAACUUCACCGACAUGCAGAGUAACUGUGUUGAUUUGAGAAAGAAAGAGAAGCGAGGCAGCAGAAGAUGGAGGACUAAAAGUGUCAGCAAAGAUGCAAAAUUACAACUGCAGGUCCAGUCCCUUCUUCAGUCACACAUUGCGAAAGUUCCGUUGAGCGCGAGUAUGUCUCAAGUGCGUCUCCACUCCUCCAACCCUAACCUGUGUGCGGAGCUGGGGGAUUUUCAGACCCCUGUCACGCGUCUGACCGACGGCGCCGGCGACUACAUCAAACUGCAGGAGGAUUUCUGCAUCGUGGCUCAGAAGGUGCACUCUCUGCUGAAGUCUGCCUUCAACACCGUGGCCAUAGAGAAAGAGAAGAUCAAGCAGGUGUUGCUGGACCGAGAGCAGACCGGCCAGCCGGCACACGUGAUGACCCUUCGCCGCUCGCUGUCACAGGUCAGCCCCGCCCACCGCUGCCCUACCGCCUCUGUACAUCUGUGUUUAUUUCACACACUAGCAUAGGAUUCCAGGUGUUUGGGCUUUAGAUCCAGGUCAUUCGUCAGCUCGUGUGUUUCGGAUGCUUCUGUUGUUCAGGCCUUGUCGCAGAACGUUGAGCUGAAGAGCCGUCUGAACCGGAUUCACUCCGAGUCGGUUCUGUCCGAGCAGGUCGUGAGCGUGAACAUCAUCAGCAGUCCAGAUGAGACAGGUGAGCCGCUCCACGUGGGCGUCCCUCUGUCCCAGCAGGUGGCCAAUGAGAGCAGACUGUCAAUGUCCGAGUCUGUGUCUGAGUUCUUCGAUGCUCAGGAGGUUCUUCUGUCAGCCAGUUCAUCAGAGAACGAGGCCUCUGAUGAUGAGUCUUACGUCAGCGAUGUGAGCGAUAACAUUUCAGAGGACAACGCCAGCGUCACAGAUAGUGUUUCCAGACAGAUGCCGAACGGAGAUCUGGCCAGCGGUGCGCUCCGUAACGGGCGGCGUUCGUGUCUCCCGGCCCCCGCCCCGGACACGGCCAACAUUAACCUGUGGAACAUCCUGAAGAACAACAUCGGGAAAGACCUGUCGAAGGUGUCCAUGCCGGUGGAGCUGAACGAGCCGCUCAACACGCUGCAGCACAUGUGUGAAGAGCUGGAGUACACGGAGCUGCUGGAUAAAGCCGCUCACACGGACGACCCGUACGAGCGCAUGGUUAUCGUGGCAGCGUUUGCGGUGUCGGGAUACUCGUCCACCUAUUACAGAGCAGGCAGUAAACCCUUCAACCCGCUGCUGGGUGAAACAUACGAGUGUGUGCGUGAAGACAAGGGCUUCUGCUUCUUCUCUGAACAGGUGAGCCAUCAUCCGCCCGUCUCCGCCUGUCACUGUGAAUCACAGAACUUCACCUUCUGGCAGGGUAAGACGCACACACACACAUCAUAUCCGUCUGUUUACGGUGAUCGCUAUGAAUGGAACAAGGUGACGACAUGUGUUCACAACAUCCUCAGCGGGAGACGCUGGAUUGAACAUUAUGGAGAGAUUACCAUCAGAAACACACGCAGCCCAGCCUGCAUCUGCAAACUCACCUUUGUUAAGGGAAAUUACUGGAGCUCUAAUGUCAAUGAGGUGCAGGGAUCUGUGAUGGACCAGGACGGCAAAAUCAUUCACAGACUGUUUGGGAAAUGGCACGAAGGUCUUUACUGUGGGGUUCCACCUUCGGCUAAGUGCGUCUGGAGACCAGGUUCGAUGCCCACAGAUUAUGAGCUGUAUUACGGCUUCACCAGGUUUGCCAUAGAGCUCAAUGAGCUUUUCCCAGAGCUGAAGGAACUUCUGCCCCCGACAGACGCCCGAUUCAGACCAGACCAGAGGCAUCUGGAGGAAGGUAACGUUCAGAUGGCGUCAGCUGAGAAACACAGAAUCGAAGAGCAGCAGAGAAACAGGAGGAAAUGGAUGGAGGAGAACAACAUAAGACAGCAGCCACGAUUCUUCAAGAAGCUUGUGGACAGUAACCAGAGGGAGAGAUGGGUGUCCAACAACACAUACUGGGAUCUGCGCAAGGACUCUGGCUUUAUGAAACUAGAGCACCCUGAGCUGUGGUAGAGUCCAGUCGCUACAGACGCUUACUGUGCAGACGUCAGCCGAAGAGGACCGGCCCGGAGACUUUCCUCUAGAUCCUAUCUGCAGAACACAACAUAUGAACCAGAAACCACUCUCCACAUCGUCACCUCCGUCAUCUCCAUAGUAACGCACACAGAUGCUGCUGUCGUCAGGGCAACGGUUAGAGCUGUCCACACGAAGCCGGUCGUGCUUCCUCAUAUGUCCUUGCCUUAAGAAUUCGCUUCUCAACGACAGUUUUAAUGAAACGACACGAUAAUGGUUCAUGACGUCUAGAGAACAUUCUGCAUGUGUAGAUGGCAGCUUUCAUUGGCAAUAUCACACACGAAAACUGCGUUUGGGGCAUAUUUUUGUCAGACGAAUAGCUCGGACAGUUAAAGGAGCGCAGUGAUUGGCUCACUUCAGAUGAAUGAAUGAAUGUACUGUGUUGCGAUGCUCUCACGCGUGUGAACUCCUCACAUUUCAAACCUUUCCAAAGAAUCAAAGUGAACGAGUUGUAAUAGUAACCUGCUGCUGAUGCUGAGAGACACAAAAGAGACUCCCUCCCUCCCUCCCUCCACAUGUACGUCUGUAGCUGCUAUUUUACAUUUGAGUUGAUGCCAUUUUAUUUUUCAUCUAUUAAACUCAUCUGCAGAAAUACUAAAUUUACAGAUACGGUUGGCUCCAUUAGCCAGCCGCCGUCCAGUAAACUGCUGCUAGACAGGACGUCCCGCCCCAGACUUCCGCCAUUCAGGCACUGCACUCCACGUGAUGCCCCAAUGACCAGCAGAAGUCAGAAGCUCACUUUUAACAUUGAAAGCAUAAAACUUUGAAAACUCUCUGCAGACGGCAGCAGUGGAGCCUCCGCUGGCGGUUCAGUGUAAUUACACUCAUCACAAUCUUGGCUUGCCAAGGCUUUACUGCAUCACACUGUAUACGGUCCUUUAAAAACAAAUAAUGCAAGUAUGGAACACUUCACGUGUGUUACAUUAUUGUCACGUGAUGAUGUAAUUCAGCCAGUGGCGCGCAGGUACCACGUCAUCAAUGCGCUUGUUUUGCAUUUUGAAACAAUUUUGUAUACAAAUAUUUUCAGUUUGCAUUGUGGGAGACGGUCUUCUACGCAGGAUACUAUAUUGUGAAUAUGUGCAGAACACGUUCAUACUGGGCACAGUAUGCUUUCUGUCUGUUUAUAAUUGAUCUGACAGUCAUGAGUUAUGACUACUAAAAACACAAAAUAUUCAUAUCCAAACAUGGAAAGUUUGCUCACGUGACAACAAUGUAGCAAACAAACCACUGGUGCAUACUGUUAUCCAUCCAUAGUCGGCAGUAUACAGUUUGUAGGGCACAGUAUGAAGCAGUACUAGUUGUGUAUUUGUAUUCUGAAGUUCUUGUUUGGGAUGGGAUGUCAAUCAAGCUCGUUCAUGAAAAUCAUUCAGAUCACCAUUCUUAGAGAAACGGACGGUUGUUUUACACCGACAUCACGGCUGCACAUCAACUGCGCAGAUUCAAAUAGUUUUUAGUCUUUAAUCAGAAGUAAAUGAGAUUUUAGUUGUAGUGUACCGUUGGUAGAUGAGUGAAAAAGCCAAACGCAGUGUAGAGACGGUGACGUUGUCUCCUGUAUCUCACUGUUUGAGUCCUUCACUGUGCCUUAACGUAUGUAUAAAACCAUAUCCACACAAACUGAGCAGCGUCCGUCCACACGCUUGACCCCGCAGAGCUCCAUUCUACACACUCAUCAUAUACUGGACUGAUGUGAAGGACCGAGAGAGUCGUGCAGUGAGCUACUCCAUUCGUUUCUUUUACUUUCACAGAACAACCAGUCUCCAGAUUGACAUGAAAGUUUCGAAAAGAUUCUUGAUUUUUCUGUUCGGUUAGCUUGUUUCUGAAAGUUCAUUAGUUGAACUGAAGCUCAUCUGACUCAUCUCUCUGAAUCCCAUGAACAGAAUGAACUGAUGCCUUAUACAGAUGUUGAUGUUCUGGACUGAAGGAACGUGCGAGAUUUUUUGUGUGUUCACGGGUGCUUGCUCUCAUAGAUGACUGCUCCCAUGAUGAAGACCUGCUGUUUCACAUUUACAUCCAUAUAGAGAAAUACAUAUUUAUGUUCAAAGCCACUAUUCUGUGUCUGCUGUUCAUUCACAAUCUCAUUACGGUUGUGGCGUUUCUUAAACGAAAUAUCUUCAAGAUACACGAUUGCAAUCGUUGUACACAAGGUCUGUCUUUAAAAGGCUCUUUUGGCCUCCUGCUAAUUCAUAGAAAUCAUUAUAAUGUAAUGUAGGCUUACUAUGGUAAAUCAAGGUAAGACACAAACACUGAUAUCAGUGUACUAUUAACAUUUUGUUCCAUAAAAAGAAUGUACAUCAUUUAUUUUACUAGCAUCAGUGCUACUAAAUGGAGGAAGUGAAACUCUUUGUUACUUUAGUUUCAUACAGUUUGUUUUCACCGUCAGUGGUUUUCCACUCGUGUUCUGUUGAAUCGACGGUUCAGUGCACAUUUACUAGAACUGAACUUAAG